UUUAGUUCACAUGUUUACAUUCAGCUGAACAUUGGCUGAGUUGUGAAUAGAAAAGUUGAUAUUGCCAAUACGAACGAUAUAAUGUUUGAGGUUAAAUCUUUAUUCGUUCAAUGUUUGGCAUCGUUAUAUUAUCUGUUUGUUUUAUUAUUAUUAUUAGAUUUGAUGUGUACGUUGAAAGUUUUAGGGGAUUAAAUUAGUUUUAUUCCAUAUGUAAGAAAAGUUUAAAUUUUAAUACAUAUAUCUGAGUAAAGUUGCGAAAACUCUUAUCCAAGAUAGAAAAAUGUUUGGGGCAGUAUCAACUUUAACAGGAUCAAUAGGGAGAUUUACAAGACUCAAGAACUUGUGCCAGCUGCAAAUGGUGAAAGGUGGAUGUUUUAUUCACACAGGCGCUGCAUUGAGUGUUCGAUUUAGAGACAUUGUACCAGAGCCAGUAGUGCCUGCAGGUUCUCAGGAUAUACUUCUUCAGAAUGUCCGUUCAGCCAAAGAUAGCAAUGCAGUACUUAAUGCUGUCAGUCGCCACCAUUCAAUCAUGAACAGUAAACAUGUUGUGCAAGCAUUGAAGUCUCUGUUUCUCCUACAGAAAGCUCAAAGUUCCCAAAUAUCAAACGGCCAAGUGAUAAACAGCAAAGACUUUCGGAAGCUGUGUGAAGUGCUGAAAUCACAGAUCCGCCACCUCGAACUAAAUGAUUUAAUUGAAGUUUUGAAGUGCAUGGGAUAUUUGGGUGUUCUGGCUGACACUAAGGUCAUGAACAUUCUUCUUGGGAUAUUGUCUAAGCAGGUUAAUGAUCUUACCCUUCAGCAAAUUACAUUCCUCGACUUCGUCAUGAAAGACUUCAAGUCAACUCCUCUUGUGAAAGCAUUGAAGAUCGCAUUGCCCAUUGUCUUUGAAGCCAACCUUCAGACUAAGUGUGAUUUUGACAAUGUGUCCCAGUUGAGUGAACUUUUGUCAUUUGUGUCUAAAAGAAAGAAUAUGGAGAGAAGCACACAGCUGUUAGUGAAUGCUCUGAAUAACAGAAGAGACCAGUUAAGUUUAAAAGAAGCAACAAAUAUUGUUUAUGCGCUCUGUGACAAUAAGUUUUAUAGUGGAAACUUCCAGACUCUAUUUUGUUAUACAUUAGAUAUAAUUACCGAUUCUCUCGAUAGCAUGGACUUUUAUGAGAUGGAAUCAAUUCUGUCAAGACUCUAUUGGAAACAUUCUGAUUCAAAUGGUAACACUUCCUACUACCAUGAGGGGUACUGUAACGGUUGUGCUCAUAUGGUUAUAAAGAAAGAUUAUAGUUUUGAACACACUUUGUGGAUUCUAAAGAAACUUAUUAAGUUUAACCAUUAUCACCUGCCUUUGCUGGAUCACAUUGCAAAGAGGGUGGAGCGUGAGCCUUGGCAAUUGGAGCAGUUUGGUGCAACAGGCUUCAUUGCAUUCCUCAGUGCUUUUUCCACGGCAGACUAUAAGCCUCCCAACUGGAAUAUCAUAAAGCCUCUUAUCAUCAAAGCCUGUGAGGAUUUGUCG